UAUAAAGAGAGAGAAAAAAAACCCCGAUCAAACAUGUUGCCUUCCCAAGAAGCCUCCAAGAUCUACCAUGACAAUUAUAUGCGCAACUCCCGGGCCAUCGGGGUGCUGUGGGCCAUCUUCACCAUCUGCUUCGCCAUCGUCAACGUGGUGGUGUUCAUCCAGCCCUACUGGAUCGGCGACAGCGUCAACACGCCGCAGGCCGGCUACUUCGGCCUCUUCCACUAUUGCGUGGGCACCGGGCCGUCGCCCAACCGGGAGCUCACCUGUGUGGGCAGCUUCUCCGACUUCAGCUCCAUCCCGUCCGGAGCCUUCAAGGCGGCCUCUGUGUUCGUGCUGCUGUCCAUGGUGCUGACCCUCAGCUGCAUCGCCUGCAUGGCGCUCUUCUUCUUCUGCAACACCUCCACCGUUUACAAGACCUGCGCCUGGAUGCAGCUGCUGUGCGGAGUGUGCCUGGUGCUGGGUUGCAUGAUCUUCCCUGACGGAUGGGACGCCGAGGUCAUCCGGGACAUGUGCGGGGAGCAGGCGGGGAAAUACUCCCUGGGCGAUUGCUCUGUACGCUGGGCCUAUAUGCUGGCCAUCAUGGGCAUCCUGGACGCCCUCAUCCUCUCCUUCCUGGCCUUCGUCCUGGGCAACCGGCAGACAGAUUUCUAUCUUGAUGAUUUGCAGACAGACAACAAAGAUUUUGCUGUGUCAAGGAUUGAGGUGCGGGACAGAAGAGAGCCAAGGUACGGAGUGCAGCGUCUUCACUGA